GAAUCGUACAUGGUCCUGUCGACUGCAGGAUCCGGCGGGAUGGGAACAGUCUACGUGGCGAGCAAGGAGGGAUCAGAUGACAAGUAUGCUCUCAAGAUCUGCAACAACUCCAACGAAAGUCGCAAGGACCGUGAAGCCGUCAUCCUGGAGAAGCUUGUGUCUGUCAAGCAUCCCAACAUCGUUCGCUUCUUGGGCAGCAGCUAUCUCGACAAGCGGCUCAUCAUCCUGAUGGAGCUGGUGCAAGGCGUGUCGCUUGACCUCUGGCUGCAGCACAAGGGGAUCGUCUCCCUCCAAGACGCCAAGACGAUCAUGUUGCAGUUUGCUGACGGCAUGUCCGCCGUCCACAGCCACAAGAUCGCGCACAGAGACCUGAAGCCCAGCAACCUGAUGAUCGAUGAUGUCACCGGCAACAUCGUCAUCGUCGACUUCGGGCUCUCCAAGGAGCUCAACGCCAACAUGACCGUCACCUCCGCCAAGAGCGUCAUCGGCACCGCCAUGUACAUGAGUCCCGAGCAGCUUGAGGGCAUCACGAGCGCCGUCGACCUGCGGAGCGACGUGUGGGCCAUGGGUAUCAUCUGCUACGAGAUCGUCGCCGGCAACACUCCCUUCCAACCUCCUUCGCUGGACGAGUCGAGGAUCUUCACCGCGAUCCUCAGCAAGCCUGUCCCCGAGCUGCCAGCAGAUGCUGCCCCUGCUCCCUUCCAGCUGGUGGUGCGAAAGGCGCUAGAGAAGAAGCAAGAGGACCGU